AUUUCUACAUUCAUUAAUUAAUAUACGGUAUUAAUACAGUGUCGAUUUUGUUAUGUACAAAGACUACAGCUAGUUUAAAAAUUUCUCAUGCGUGUUCAAAUGCAUAAAAAUCAGUUUCCAUUUACCUACGUAUAUACACUACUUCACACAACAAACAAAGCUCUUUCUAUUUUCAUUUCACAUGCAUUUUCCUUUUCCGUAUGAAUUAAUCUUCAACUCAUUUAACUUCAUUUGCAAUUCAAUCGAGUGAAUCGCGCGGUUUUUAUAGUCCACGUGUCGCAAUCCCGUAUACUGAUUCCAUGAAUAUAGACCCUCAGAUUAAGAUCUUCCCCUCGUUAACCGUUUUUUGGCAACUUUUCUCACAGAAUCAGAUCUAAGUAACGGUUUUUUUUCAAACAGUUUCCACUCUUUCUCUUCGUUUCUAUUUCUCAGAUCCAUUUUCUCUUUUGAACCAAUGGCAAAUACAAAAUUAUCCUUUCUUUCUCUCUUACUUCUAUCUCUUUCACUUUAUGUAACCGCCGGUUCACCGCCAUCUCCGUCGCCAUCGCCAUCGCCAUCACCGGCGGACACUCCAUCUCCUUCUAUAUCCGCUCCGAACCAUCCUCCGGCCAGCUCGCCUCUCGAUUCAUCGCCGCCAGCGACGUAUCCUUUAAGUCCAGGUUCAUCUCCGCCAGCGCCGUCUCCUUUAAGUCCAGGUUCAUCUCCGGCGCCUUCGCCGGAUGAUUCUACUUCAAUAAACCACUUCGGCGUGGAUGAGAGUGGAGAUGAUUCUUCAGGAGGAGGAAUGAGCGGAAGCAAGAAAGCGGGAAUAGCGAUCGGAAUAAUUGUGGCGGCGAGCGUGCUUAUGUUGGCAGGGAUGGUGUACAAGAAACGGCAACAGAAUAUACGGAGAAAUCAGUAUAUUUACGGCGUAAGGAGAGACAUUCUGUAAAAGUUUAGUAGUUGUGUAUUUGUAUAAUACGUAACUUCAUUUGUAUCAAGGUUUAUACUCUUCAUCUAUAUAGGUUUUUCUUUUUGCUGUUUUAUUCGGGUGCGUUGAUUCAAUUUUAUUGUUGAUUCUUUUUAUUCUUAUUGCCGAUUGCAAUAGAUUAUUUGAAUUUCUAUGCUAUUAUUAUCAUUAUCAUUGUCAUAAUUUUGUGUAAUAUUUGUCCUGUAUGGUAUACUAUUUGUUUGAUUAAUUUAAUUCAAUUUCUCGCGGUUGGAUGGAAA